GGCGAAUUUAAAUCAAUAUAGACCAGUUUAAAAUUACUUGAUAACAAGGCAAAGGGAUGAUGAAAUCAACACCAGUGUGAAUCUAUACGAGCGUGCGGACCGGCCGCGCCAGCCAGUAUCGUGUGACGCCGCGCCGGCGAAAGUGCGCGCACUCGAAGACGUUAUAAUCGUGUUCUUAUUUUCUUUAUUCGAUUUUUUCUGUUCUUCGAGCGCGGGAAAAUGGCUUGUCCAAUGAGAUCAGCGCUGGACGACAUCUCGGCCCAAGAUGGCGCGCACCUGGGCAACGAGGCAGGGAUGCUUUACGGGGAAUACCUGAUGCUGGACAAACUGCUCGGAGCACAGCGGAUGCUUAGCGCGGAGUCUUCGAAGCCCGUUCAUGACGAGCAUCUGUUCAUUGUAACACAUCAAGCCUAUGAACUAUGGUUCAAGCAGAUAAUUUUCGAAGUUGACUCGGUCAGGUCCCUGCUUGACGUAGAGGGCUUGGACGAAAGUCACACCAUGGAGAUUCUGAAGAGGCUUAACAGAGUUGUGCUUAUUCUAAAGCUCCUAGUAGACCAGGUGAUGAUACUGGAAACCAUGACUCCAUUAGACUUUAUGGACUUCAGAAACUACCUGCGCCCUGCUUCUGGCUUCCAGAGCUUACAAUUCAGACUUCUGGAGAAUAAGUUGGGUCUGAAACAAGCGCUCCGAGUGAAGUACAACCAGAACUACCAGACAGUGUUCGGAGAUGACCCCGCGGCUAUGGAGUCGUUGCACAAGUCAGAGGAGGAACCUGCGCUAUUAGCUCUGAUAGAGCGGUGGUUGGAACGCACACCUGGCCUCAACACGCACGGGUUCAACUUCUGGGGCAAGUUUCAGGCGGCCGUCGACAAAACCAUCAGGGAGGAUAUCGAUGCGGCCAUGUGUAUAACGAACGAGACGGUCCGCAGACACCGGCUUGCUGAUGCAGAGAACCGUCGCGAGAUCUAUCGCUCCAUAUUCGACCCCCAUGUUCACGAUGCGCUAAGAAACAGAGGCGAAAGAAGGUUGUCCCACAAGGCCUUGCAGGGCGCAAUCAUGAUCACCAUGUACAGAGACGAGCCGCGUUUCUCCCAACCUCAUCAGUUGCUCACGCUGCUCAUGGACAUCGACAGCCUCAUCACCAAGUGGCGCUAUAACCAUGUGAUCAUGGUGCAGCGCAUGAUCGGCUCCCAACAUCUCGGCACGGGUGGCUCCUCCGGCUACCAGUACUUGAGGUCCACGCUUAGCGACCGCUACAAAGUGUUCCUAGAUCUGUUCAACUUGUCGACAUUCCUGCUGCCGCGGUCCCAAAUCCCACCGCUGGGCGACGGCGUCAAACGCAACCUCAACCUCACGUGGGGCGAGACGAACGGACAGAACGGCGAUGCGGACCAAAACGGAGACCACGCCUUAUAGUUUAAUAAGUCAAACUCUGAUUUUUAAUGCGACGGAAUUCUGACAGCUGAAGCUCCAUGAUGCGGAACAAGGGGACAAGGCUACACACGUUAUGGUGCGAUUACAGUCCGUUCAUCAUAAUUGUCGCUAGCCCGAAUACAAAUGCCUUUGGAAUAGGGAAGAUGCAAUAUCUUUAAUUUCUACACUUUAAAACUCUUCGCACUUUAGACAAAAAAAGUUACAACCAUCUCAACACUAACUCUUGGUAAAUUCCUGGAGUCUGAUUUGAUAAAUCCAACUUCCAUUUUUAUUAAAAAAACGCAAUUAAUAUUCCCAUAAAAUAAUAUUCACUUUGAUAACCUCAAAUAAGUUGUCAUAACAGGAGUGACGUCACUAAACGCUGAUUGGUGUUUUAAAAUCUUAGAUUAAAACAUAAAGGGUAGAUACGGCACUAGCCUCACAAAAGUGAUCCGCACAAAUUGUGGUCCACGACCCUAAUCACUUUAGUCACAACUUGACAUGCAAACGACGCACAGUGUAUUAU